GCUGAAGUUACAAAUGGUGUGUCCAUGUGUUUAUGUUGUUGUUCGACGCCGACUGUCACCCGAUUGACAAGUGAAAAACUCAUCUGUUCCUUGUUUUUCUAAACUGUCAGCAGUGUCAACAGAUUUUAGUGUUGAUUGGACGCACUGCUGUUGAAAAUUUUACUUGGAGGCCGAUAAUAUAUGAAGAUUAACCAGUCUGAUCUGUUUUCCAUGAAACUUUAUCACCUCGAGGAAGAGAGUUUGCUGAAUACCUUGAAAUAUCAGACAUCUGUUCAGGUCAGCAAUGAAGGUGUCAGAAGUGAUGUACUGUAGCUUCCCGGUGUGGUAUCCAAAAUUUAAGCAUAUUUCAGUCAAGAGCAUUGUGAUACCACUACCUGCAGAGUUUCUAGAAUACUUACACACUGAUGGAGUUGUGUUGCCAGAAGGGAGUCUGGUAACUUCAGGAGACAGGGACUCAGAUGAAGACAGGGUUGGAGAAGAGUUAGAUGUGAACUGGGAUGAUGAUUCAGUGGAGGCAACUGCACCAAGCUUUCCAGCUUUUGAUGCAGCCAUUAAGAAAGCCAUUAAAAUGCUGGGUGGUAAAGUGUUCCCAAAACUUAACUGGAGUUCACCCAAGGAUGCCACUUGGAUAGCCUUUGACAAAAGUCUUAAAUGCACAUGUCCUAGUGAUGUGUAUUUACUUCUGAAAAGUUCAGAGUUCAUAACCCAUGACCUCACUCAACCGUUCAUACAUUGUGAAGACUUUGAUGAGAGUGGUGAUCAAGCCAAUGUAGGAUACAGCUUAAUAUUGAGGAAAUGGCAGGACCUAAACCCAGGAUAUGAAUUCAGGUGUUUUGUACGGAAUAACAAGCUAAUAGCAAUUUGCCAGAGAAACCACACAGCAUACUAUGAGUUCAUCAGACAGGAAAAAGAGGAUAUAUUAUCAGACAUACAGUCAUUCUUUUAUCACUUGGUCAGUUUGAAAUUUCCUAAUGAAAAUUAUGUAUUUGAUGUGUACAGAAGAGAUCAGGGGAAGCUACUCUUGUUAGACUUCAAUCCCUUUGGAGAAGUGACAGAUGGAUUAAUGUUUACAUGGGAUGAGCUGACGGAUAGUGACUCAGAACUCAAAGGCACAGACAACGAUACACAGCAUCCAGUGUUCAGGUACAAAAACUCCGGGGGUAUUCAGCCUAACCCUCUUUCAACAUUCGGGGUCCCCAGAGACAUUCUAGACUUGGCCACAGGAACAGAUGCCAGCAAACUUGUAGACCUCCUGAAACUUAGACAACAGCAGCAAGAAGAUUCUUCAUCUGAGGAAGAAACAGAAAACCAACAGACAUGAUAUUCUCUCUAUAUAAGGUUGAAAAAUUUACAGUGCCAAAUUCUCCAUGAAUACAAUAUAUUCAGAUUGUGUUACAUUGACAGAGGUUCACACUCUUCCUACAUGUACGUGUAAAUAUUUCCUCUGGCAGCAUUUUUUUUCUUUACGUAGAGACUUCAAAUUUCAAGCAAGUUGAAGGUGCAGUAUGUACGAUCAUAGAUUAAUGCUUCAUGAUGAUCAUUUUCAGAUACAAUAUUUUCACUUGAUAUUCACAACUUGUUUUUACACAAUGUUUUCGUUGAAUGUCAUUCUUGUAUUUUGUUAUAAUUUUGUACAAGGCUGAAAGAUAAUGUU